AUGCUGCAGCCCCCACCUAACACGAAGCUCUCACGCGUGAAUCGCCUCUUCUGCAAUAUUCGGACGCCUUGCUACAUUCCACCGAGCAUUGUAGGCAAUGUGCCUCACUUGACUCCUGAUAAUUGUAGCAAAGUGAACGAUUUAACUUCACAAGUCAUAGACUUUGCUGACAUCGCGAAAUUAGUGAAGCUGGCGACGGACAGCGAGAAAUCUUUGCGAAGCCUCCUACGUGUGACCGAUUACGAGCUCAUGUUUUCGGCUCAAAACUACAUCGGCGAAUCGUAUACGCCGAGCUCCAACGCCACAGGAUUCAUGAUGGAAACUAGUGGUGGACGACGUACUGUUUCUAUAGACGAGUACAUGAAAGCAACCGACUUGCUACAGCCCGAGCUUGUGGUACCAUUUGCAGACGAAAUUCCACUUACCAAAAGUCAUAACCGACAACGUGCCGCUGUUCAGACGUCGUUAGAAUGGCUAGAUGCUUGCCAGAAGUUAAACACAUCUCGAACGCCUAUGUGUGGAGUUAUUGUAGGUGGUGACGACGAAUUAUUGAGACGAGUAAGCGCCGUUGAGACGUGCAAACGUGACAUCCAAGCGAUUCUGAUCAGCGGCUUAGGGACCUGCGCCAAUAAAGCAAGACGCUUGGAAUUGAUCGAGAUCAUUGUACGCGAGAUCACUCCGGCGUCACUCCCGCGUAUUGUUACUGGAAUUGGUCAUCCGCUGGACGUGAUGGAUGCAGUCAGCCAUGGUAUCGACGCCUUUGUGUCGCCGUAUCCGGCGUUUGCCACAAAGGCAGGCUAUGGAUUUAUAUUCUGGAUUAGUGCUGCUGAUGAUGGAGGUAAUAUGAACGCACGCAAUGAGGAACGUGAGCUCUCGGGUGGAGAGCUGCACUUGCGGCAGAAGCGAUUUGCGUCUGACUUUAAGCCGUUAUUGGUUGGCUGCGAUUGUUUUGCUUGCCAGAAGUAUACAAGAGCCUACAUUCACCAUCUGUUAGAUGUUCGUGAAAUGCUUGGCGAAAUCCUCCUAUAUUUUCAUAACCUGCAUCACUACUACCGAUUCUUUCGCGAGAUCCGGUCAACUAUCGAUCUGAACAACUUUGCCGCUUAUCAUGCUGAAUUUGUGGCAAAUUUCGAGAAAGAGCCUAAUUUUUUGACAGCUGAAAAGGCUACAAUAAAUUAA